AUGGCGCCGGUGGGAAGUUCUCUGGAAGCGGAAAAUCUGGAGUCGAUGGCCACGAGUUUCGAGCAGAAGUCCCACAAAGUCGAGACCUUACUCAAACAAUUUAAGCCCUUGGAAGCUCUGAAGACGACGCUUGAGGGAUCACCGACGAGCAUCAAGGACGAGAGGUGUAAGUCGGCGAAUUGGAUCGUGGUGCAUCGGGCGAUGAUGGCAAUAAAGGAUGUGGAUGGGAUGUUCUCGACCUUGGAUCCGGAGUACUAUGACAUUCUCAUGAAGUAAGAUUCAUUUCUGUAUCUAGUGAUUGUUUUUAUUUUAUGUAAUUAUAAUUAUAUGCUUUUCGUCUAAUUUUUAUUUAUUGUCAUUGUUUGCGCUCUUUGUAUUCUUGAUACCAAAAUGGUAGCUUUGGUCCCUGAUUUUGCUUAAAUGUAGGAAUUAUAUCGAGGAAAUGAAAAAGUAGCAUUGAAAUGAUAGUAAGGUGGAAGACUUGGAGGAGUAGAUAUCCAUGAUGU